GUCAAUCUAAGCUCUAAAACGCGUUAACAGAAAAUAAUAAAUAAAUAAAUAAAAAAUCCAUUAUUACAUAUAUUUAUUGACCUUCGAGAUUUCUCUGGUUGGGCAACAAAUUCGCGAUUUCUCUUUCCCAUUUUCGUUUUCGAUUUCUCUGUUCCGUUCCUCCUUCAGGAAUUUUCGGUGAUUAUUGUUAUUGCUCGAGUUCGUCGGUAGUGUAAAAUUAGGUGUAAAUGGGUGACCAUUUGGUGGUGAAUGUGAACCAGCUACCUAAGUCCGAGGCGGUUGAGCCUAGUCAAUCGGUUUCUCAUUUUGGGGAUUUUGGAAAGAAGCCUGAAAUGAUGGGGUCCACGUCAUCACUGGCGGCGGUAGAAAAUGAUAAGGUGGUGGUUGUGGUGGACCAUGAGGAACCUGAUGAAGAUGCACCGCUGCUAGAUAUGGGCGAGUGCCGUAUUUGCCAAGAAGAGGAUUCUCUUAACAAUUUGGAGAGCCCUUGUGCCUGCAGCGGGAGUCUUAAGUAUGCUCACAGAAAAUGUGUUCAGUAUUGGUGCAAUGAGAAGGGAGACACUACUUGUGAGAUUUGUCAUAAGCAAUAUCAGUCUGGUUAUACUGCUAUCCCACGCCCUCCACCCGAUGAAACCACCAUUGAUAUCGGGGGAGUAUGGCAAAUUUCGGGAACGCCACUAGACAUGCACGACCCUCGUCUUUUGGCAAUUGCUGAGGCUGAACGACAGUUAUUCGAAGCUGACUAUGAUGACUAUAAUGGCACUAACAGCAGUGGCGCUGCCUUUUGUCGUUCGGCUGCUCUAAUUUUAAUGGCCCUUCUGCUGCUGAGGCAUGCACUGUCUAUCACUGAUGAUGGCGAAGGAGAUGGAGAGGACGAUGCAUCAACUUUCUUAUCCCUGUUCUUGCUUAGAGCCGUUGGAUUUCUUUUGCCUUGCUACAUCAUGAUCUGGGCCAUUAGUAUAUUGCAACGCCGGAGACAAAGACAGGAAGCUGCGGCACUGGCAGCAACACAAUUUGCGAUUGUGGUUCAAUCGGCACAAAGCAGAGGCCUACUUGUAGCAUCGGCUGCGCCAGCUGUCACUCCACUGGCAACUCCACAUGCGGGGCCCACUUCGCAGGCCGUUCCUCACCAAGAACAUGUUUGAUUGAACGAUGACUGAAGUGAAUUUUUCCUUGUACUUUCACUUUCCUUUUCUUUUCCUUUUUUUUUCCUUUAAAUUUUAUUAUAAGAUUUCUCCUGGCUAUUUACAAUGUGUAUAUGAAUUUCGGAGUCCUGUGACGAGCUUUAGCUUGAUGCAGUGGUUGAGGGCGUUUAUCGACCGAGUAGAUGUUAAUUACUCAGGACAAACAUAUGAUUAAAAACAAAAUCCAGACAAAAAUGUGUACUUAUUUAAUGUAUGUUAUUAAAAUUGUAUAACGAAGUAAUACCAAUUGAUUCGCUAUUCUUGCAA